AUGGCAGUCUCCAUUGCGGCUGAGGUGGACACACAAUCAUGCCUGCUUGACCGCAUCGAUGCUCAGACAGAGCUGGUGGAGGCGAGGAACUUCAUGGGGUCCGCAAAAAGCCUCAGUUCUUCGGGGGUGGGCUCGUUCUUCUCUGGCCUCGCGGCUGCGGUUUCGUCGCCCUUCAAGUCCUUGUCCGCAACGAACUCAGGGGUCGACGUGGUCGUCGUCGUCGUCCUUUUCAUCAUCGUCAUCAUCGUCAUCGUCAUCGUCAUCAUCACCUGCAUCGUCAUCAACGGGAGCGGCUGUGACGCAAGAGCGGCGGCCUUGGAGAAGCUGGUGCUGCUGCAGCGAGCGAACGGCACCUGGACCCUCGAGGCCAUGGAGGACUUCCUCAAGAUCUCCUUGCCUCUGCCCGCCCUAAUUGCCACUGAUGAGACGGUGUCGCUCCUGUGGGCGACACUGGUGGCCCUGGCGGUGCUCGAGCGGGUGUUCGACGACAAGCGCGACGAGUGGCGCUUGCUGGCGCAGAAGGCCACCUUGUGGGUCAAGCGCUCCACUGCCAACGAGCCGUCGACCCUGAGCGAGCUCACCGCCCUCAGCCUGGCCAUGGACCUCCCCAGCGAUCUGACCAGCCUCAACAAUUGA